GAUGGCGACUUACAUAGGCAAAUCGUGGUUGUCUGCUGUCGGGAAACCAGUUGCAAUUUCUCCGAGAAAACUAUGUUCAAAGAAACCGAUUAAUAGAUGGAAGGAAAGCGUAAGAAGACAUUAUUCGGUUAAUGCGGAUUGUUCAUCUUCACAUGAAGGCUGGUCCAGUAUGGUUGGUCUUGAGAUACAUGCCCAGAUACUCUCCAAUACCAAACUAUUCUCUGCUUCUAAGGCUGAAUUCAUGGCACCACCAAACUCACUCGUCUCUUUCUUUGAUGCCUCACUACCUGGAACUCUACCAGUCUUGAAUAGGAGAUGUGUAGAAGCAGGAGUUCUGACAGCACUAGCCCUUUCUUGCUCUAUCAACAUGCGUUCGGUCUUUGAUCGAAAACACUACUUCUAUGCUGAUCUACCGGCAGGUUAUCAGAUUACCCAGCAGAGACUUCCCCUGGCUGUAGAUGGGCAGGUGCAUUUCAACAUCUUUGAUGAGAGAAGGAAGAGGCCUCCGUCUUAUCGAUCUGUUCGCAUCAAACAAGUCCAGCUGGAGCAGGACAGUGGAAAAAGUCUCCACGACGAGGAGAACGCUGAGACACUAGUUGACCUCAACAGAGCAGGAGUUGGUCUCAUGGAGUUAGUAACAGAGCCAGACCUGACCAACGGUACUGACUCAGCAGCUCUGGUGAGAGAACUACAGCUUCUUUUCCAGGCCCUAGGAACAUGUGACGGCAAGAUGGAUGAGGGAUCUCUCAGAGUUGAUGCCAAUGUGUCGGUCAGUCGACCAGGUCAGCCUCCAGGUGUGAGGUCAGAGGUCAAAAACAUCAAUAGUGUCCGCUUUGUUAAACAAGCUGUAGAUUUUGAAAUCAAGAGACACAUAAAAUUACUGGAAAGGGGUGAGAAGAUCCAGUAUGAAACCAGAUCAUUUGAUAAUUCACUAGGGAUCACGGUACCAAUGAGAGAUAAGGAGGGUAAGAUAGACUACCGGUUCAUGGCGGAACCAAACCUACCCCCUCUCAUCCUGCAUGAUAACACCACCAUCCAUCAAUCCUGCCAGCCUCUAAGAGCUAUCAAUGUGGAUGCCUUGAGAGACAGCUUACCGGAGCUCCCAAGAGCUAGGAGACAAAGACUGGCCGACCAGUAUGCCAUGUCGCUGGACGUUGCCUAUGUUCUAGUUAAUGAGCCUGGCUUGGUAGAGUACUUUGAGUCUGUGUUACAAGAAGACUCUACAAGAUACAGUAAAAGGGUGUUGAACUGGCUGACGACAGAGCUUCUCAAACAUCUUAAUCUCAAUCACAUAUCUGUGUCCAGCAGCCCAUUGUGUGCAUCAUUGUUUGGUGAACUUAUAGACCUGAUGCAGAGAGGGACCAUAUCGGCUAAGACAGGCAAGACGCUCACUGCAAUGAUAUUUGAUGGGGACAAGAGGGAUUUGAUGGAGAUUAUUGAAGAGAAUGGAUGGGGAUUAAUUACAGAUGAAGAUGCAAUAAGGCAGAUCUGUGAAGGAAUCAUAAAGAACAGCGCAAACACAGUGGAGGAAUAUCGUCGUGGCAACAAGAAAGCAAUCAACAGGCUGAUGGGAGAUGUUCAGAAAGAGACACAGGGAAGGGUGGAGCCAGGCAUUGCCAUGGCAACAUUCAAACAACUGCUGGAGUCGAGAUGACAUCUUGCAUAGUUAGCCUAUCAUACCGAAUGGAUUGGAAUGACUCACCCUACCUCAAGCUGUAUCAUAAGCUAACAAGCCGUUGAGGCAGACAGAAGAGUUCUGUCAUCAUGAAGAAAAGAAACAGGUUCUGAAGAUAGAUUUCUCUGAAACA